AUGGCUGACUGCCGACCGGUCUCUGCUUCUCACGGGGUCAAGAAACUCUGUUCGCUUGACCCUGAGAGAUCACAAGGGCACAGACCUAAAAACCGUGCUUCUUCUGCUCCUUCAAAGAAACCAUCGGAAAUGGAUAUCUUCGCUCAAGAAGAGGAAUACAAACGUCUCAACGCAGAGUUGGAAGCAAAAACCGCUGAACUGGUGCGACAAGCAGAACAAGUCAUGAGAGAGCAAAAUGAAGUGUUGUCAAAGCCAGUGACUUCUCACAUCAGCAUUGAUAUUGAAGAUGAUCUAGAGGAUUUGGGGAAAGCAAAACCUACAGCAGUCGCUGAUUUUGCUCUCCCCGAGGACUUUGCAGGUUUCUCUUUGGCUAAAACGAUUAGCGAACUAGAGGGUCAAGUGGAUGAUGUUACGCUUGAACAUUUGGAAGAUGAUGUCAUGCCGAGCGUUGGGAAUGAAAUGAGCUCAGAGGCUCAGAUUCGUUUUUUGAAGGCUAAACUUCGAGUGAUGCAGGAGGAGUUUAACAGGAUCUCUCAUGAAUGCAACAAGAAGGAUGAUGAAAAUAUCACAUUAAGCACCAAAUUAAAGGAGGCAGAGGAAGAUCGCACCAGGCUUCAGCGAACCGUCAAUAUUCAGCAGACUCAGAUGGACAAACACAGAGGUCUAGCUGAAGAAUCCAACAGAAAAUGUGAUGGUUUACAGCAGCAGGUUACUGCUCUGCAGAAGGAGAUCGAUGGUCUCAAAAGAGCUAACAAACUGGCAGCAAACGCCCACAGUGCCACAGAAGUCAGGCUGAACAGAGCUCUGGAGGAAGCGGAGAAGACCAAGACACAGCUCAACAAGAUUAGGCAGAGCAGCAAGGAUGCUUCCAACCAAGAGCAGCAGACAAUGGAACUUUUGCGAGCUGAGAACAAGAAACUCGAAAAACAAAAGGCAGAGCUGAUCAUGGGUUUUAAGAAGCAACUUAAAUUAAUUGAUAUAUUAAAAAGACAAAAGAUGCAUUUUGAAGCAGCUAAAUUGUUGUCUUUCACUGAAGAGGAAUUCAUGAAAGCUCUUGAUUGGGGGAAGUCAUAG